GUUCUUAAUUCUUAUAGUGCGAAAACCGACAGCACGUUUGAUCAUUAAUUUGUAUUCCACCCACCAUAAAAAAGACACGGCGAUGCAAAGUUUCCUGAGAAAAUGGACUUUUCUCUCUUUCCUUCCUUCUUUCCCUGUUCUGGAUGCCCAUGAAAAUGGGAAAAUGCCAUAAUUUCCGUGUUUGCAUUGCAGCACAGCGAUUCUCUGAGAAAAUAUAGGAAGGCAAAAAAAAAAAAAAAAAAACACUGUAUCUAUAUUUAUACUAUUUAGUGAUUCUGAAUUUUAGCAUGCCAAAAACCCUAAAGAUAAGAAACAGCCCUAAGAGUGGACUUCGAUUUUGAUUUCAUAUAAUAAGGUGGAGGUCGAGUAGGAUUCAUGUAUCCAUUACCUAGUUUGCCAUUUCUUUCUUUCUUUCUUUCUUUGCAAUUCAGGGUUCCUCUUUGUGUAGCAAUGGAAGGUUAAUGGAAGCCAAUUUGAUUGUGGGUUUAGGGUGUAAAGGUAGUUAUUAGAGCGUCAUGAAUGCAUUAGCUGCAACCAACAGAAAUUUUAAACUGGCAGCUCGGCUGCUGGGGCUGGACUCAAAGCUUGAAAAGAGUUUGCUCAUCCCAUUUCGAGAAAUCAAGGUCGAGUGCACCAUACCAAAGGAUGAUGGCACUUUGGCUUCUUUCGUCGGGUUCAGGGUUCAGCAUGAUAAUGCUAGAGGCCCCAUGAAAGGAGGCAUCAGAUAUCACCCAGAGGUUGACCCAGAUGAGGUGAAUGCUUUGGCACAACUAAUGACGUGGAAGACGGCAGUAGCCAAUAUACCAUAUGGUGGGGCUAAGGGAGGGAUAGGAUGUGAUCCAGGGGAACUAAGCAUCUCUGAGCAAGAAAGACUUACUAGAGUUUUCACCCAGAAGAUACAUGAUCUCGUUGGAGUCCAUACUGAUGUUCCAGCACCUGAUAUGGGAACAAAUCCACAGACAAUGGCAUGGAUACUGGAUGAGUACUCGAAAUUUCAUGGCUACUCUCCUGCUGUAGUGACCGGUAAACCCAUUGAUCUUGGUGGAUCCCUUGGCAGGGAUGCAGCCACUGGAAGGGGAGUGCUCUUUGCAACAGAAGCUCUGCUCCAUGAGCAUGGGAAGAGCAUUGCUGGACAACGAAUUGUUAUACAGGGAUUUGGAAAUGUGGGCUCUUGGGCUGCUCAGCUCAUCAGUGAAAAUGGUGGAAAGGUUGUCGCCGUAAGUGACAUUACUGGAGCCAUAAAAAACAACAAUGGACUUGACAUCCCAAGCCUACUAAAGCACACCCAUGAAAAACGGGGAAUCAGGGGAUUCAAGGGUGGGGAUGCAAUGGACCCCAGUGCGAUAUUGGUCGAAGAUUGUGACAUUCUCAUCCCAGCAGCCCUUGGGGGUGUGAUCAACAGAGAAAAUGCAAAUGAUAUCAAAGCCAAAUUUAUAAUUGAGGCAGCUAACCAUCCAACUGAUCCAGAGGCUGAUGAGAUCCUAGCAAAGAAGGGUGUUGUUAUCCUUCCAGACAUAUACGCAAACUCGGGUGGAGUUACAGUCAGUUACUUUGAGUGGGUUCAGAACAUUCAAGGCUUCAUGUGGGAUGAGGAGAAAGUGAACAACGAGCUGAAAACAUACAUGACAAAAGGUUUUAAGGACGUGAAGGAAAUGUGCAAAACCCACAACUGUGAUCUCCGCAUGGGAGCCUUCACCCUUGGGGUUAAUCGCGUUGCUCGGGCUACAGUUCUCAGGGGCUGGGGAGCUUGAGAUACUGGUGGCUGCUUUCAAGUAGACAUUAAAGCUUAUUAGCUCAACCUAGCCCUUUUAAUUACCUGUCUUAUGUUUUGCAUUUUGCUUGAGAUCUUCAACAAGGUUUUGUUAUUGCUUCUGCUUUGUGGCAUUAACUUCAGCUGUUUUAAGUUAUGCUAGCUUUGAUCUCUAAA